UAUCCGAGGUCGAAGAAACUCGUAUUCCUUAUACUCGCGGCGUAAUAAACUUCACAUCAGAAACGGUUUACAAUACAAUGGAAUCAAAGGCACUUAUAGAUAUAUAUGAAUGUAUGCAAAACAACGAUGAGAAUCGUUCGCUUUCAAAGAAACACUUAAUUAAAGAGUUUAUUGACCAAUAUGGCUUUAUCAGAACUCCUUUUGGCGGCACUCUUUCACAUUGUGUAAACGCAAAACAAAACAAUGGUCUAAACCCAACUGAGAACCUGCCGCGAUGUGUAGAUCCAGAGUGUUAUACAACAUUUAGUGGAUUCUUUGAUUCUAUUUUAAAAGAUUGCCACAAAUUUGCUGUCAAGAAAAUAAGCCAUCCCAAAGCAAACUUCGGCAAUGCAUCUAAGCUUGGAUUUAGUGACUUAAAUCGAGGUUGUCAGAUCAUACUUUCGACAAAAGUUCAAUUAAAAAGAAAUAUAUAUGGGUUUCCAUUUGUUCCGCUUCUUUCAAAAGAUGAUAAGCUCCAUCUUGAAAGGCAGGUGAGCUGGAUAUGCCAUAGGCAGAUUAAUGAUUAUAUUCCUACAUACAUAUUUUAUUGUACUUUUUUUCUCCUGAGUGAUUUAUUAAAUUUUUUGGCUGCAACGAUUUAG